UCUAUCCUUUUUAUUUUAGUCCACAGAACAAGGAGUGCCUGGACACAAUGUGAUUCAAGAAGGUAAAUUAAAGCGCACACAGAGGAUCUGGCUUCAUCAUUUCAGUCACACAGAGACCGAACAAAGAACUUAUAGGCUCGGUUAUAUAAAACACAAGCACAGCCUUUAUUAAUACGGAUGGAUUCUCAGAAAAACAACAAUAAACGUUUCACACAGUCGGUAACGCGGAUUGAAACGCGUCACGUGACAUAAGCGUCGUCACCCAUUACUGAAAUUGUGGUAUUUUACUCACGUAACAACACUCUUUCCACCGCUGUGCAAUGUAAAUGUAGCUCAGUGUAUUUUAUUUUAUAAACGCAUUUCCGUGCAUGUCUUUUAUUCUGAAAGCCUCCCACCGGAAGUCAGGUGCUCCUCCAUCGCCGGCAGGGUGACGGCUGAGCAGCGCUGCCCUCCCCCGGCGCAGCCAGACAGACACACCGCCGGUGACUCGUCAUUCCGCGCUGUAAGAUGGCUACGGCGGACCGGCCCCCGGUCAGAGAAGGGAUCCGGAUAUUUCUUCUCUGCUGUUGCUGGUACACGGUCAGCUCGGGGGGCAACAUCGUCAACAAAAUCAUCCUCAAUGGAUUCCCGUACCCGGUCACAGUCUCUCUGUUCCACAUUAUUUCCAUCGUCGUCUUCCUCCCGCCGUUGUUGCGGGCAUGGGGAGUCCCCAAAACAGAACUGCCGAGCAGGUACUACCGGUGGUACAUCCUGCCUUUAGCUUUCGGAAAAUACUUUGCAUCUGUGUCGGCCCAUUUCAGCAUAUGGAAAGUACCAGUUUCAUACGCGCACACGGUCAAAGCUACAAUGCCAAUAUGGGUUGUGCUGCUAUCAAGAAUUAUCAUGAGGGAGAAGCAAACCACAAAGGUGUAUGUAUCGCUCAUCCCCAUCAUCAGUGGCGUGCUGCUGGCCACAGCGACUGAGCUGUCCUUUGAUGUUUCAGGACUAAUCAGCGCUCUCGCUGCCACGCUUUGCUUCUCUCUGCAGAACAUCUUCUCCAAAAAGGUGUUGCGAGACACAAGGAUCCACCACUUGAGGCUGCUCAAUAUCCUGGGCUUUAACGCCGUCAUCUUCAUGCUGCCCACAUGGGUCCUGGUGGAUCUCUCUGUGUUUCUUGUAAAUGGAGACAUGUCGGACCUCUCUGGAUCAUCCGGCACCUUUGUCCUCCUGCUCAUCAGCGGCUUUUGCAACUUCGCCCAGAACGUCAUUGCGUUCAGCAUCCUCAAUCUCGUCAGCCCGCUCAGCUACGCUGUCGCCAACGCCACCAAGAGGAUCAUGGUCAUCAGCAUCUCUCUGCUAAUGCUGCGCAACCCGGUCACCCUCACAAACGUCCUGGGUAUGAUGACGGCCAUAUUUGGAGUCUUCCUCUACAACAAGGCCAAGUACGACGCUAACAAGGAGAAGAAGCUCCUGCCCAGCGCCAAGCAGGACCUGAUGUCCUUCGACAACCCGGGGCUGGAGAAGAUCCAGGCCAAUGGGUCAGUGCCUUUCUCCCACGGCUCAGAGCAGCAGCACAGCUGGAACAACGUGCUGACCGACCACUUUCAGUACAGUCGGCAGACCUACACGACAAACUACAACAGCAACCACCAGUAUGUGGUGUAGAGGAGUCGUCUCUGGGUCGCUGUCAUAGACAUAACUGUGUGUAGCCACCCUCCCAGCAGCGGGUCUUCACAGCCCCGUACACGAGACUGCAGGCAAGUGCUAUUUGAUCUGGAUAAGAAGAAUGAGAUGAGUUGUUCAUGAUGGGCCAGUGAUGUGACCUCCCCCACGCUCCUCCCGGUCUAAACUUCACUAUCUGACAGUUUCGCUGUAUGUCAUUGUUUAUUUAUGACUAUGGUACCAACAGUACGAGCUGGUCUGAGAGAAAACAAAACUCACAUCACCUGUUUUCAUUUUGGUGAUGGAGUCAGACAACCAGACGCAGAAAUGACGCACGUAAAAGGUAGUUGGUAAAUUUGCACCUUACUGUCUGGAAACGUCUGAGUUUUGUUUUCACAGCCAGCUGUACUUUUUUUAAGUUGUUUUGUUCACUUUCAGAGGAAACUUGAACCGGAUCAACAGUCAUCAUGUUACAAGGUGUAACAAAGCAGAAGGACUCGACAUUUUGGUUUCAGGAAUUUCAUGUGUAGGGUUAUCAUUUUCAUCACAAAGCACCUGUAAUGAUGUGGAGGGGAACAAUAUGUUUGUAUAAAACGUGUUCCAUUAUUCAAAAGCUUGAUAUGGGUUGAGGAUCUGAGCUGACAGUUAUAGAAGGGACAUUUUCAUAGAUUUUUAUCAGACUGUCACUUUUAAUUCUAGUGAAAUUCAAAAUGUUUGUUAAACCACCAGCAGAAAUCCAUGGUCCUUGGCAGAUAAUUCCCACUGACUUUGGUGAUCUCCUGACUUUUCAUUCUGCGCUAUCGCAAGGUUUAUUUUUUAGUUUGUUUUUUUACAUAAAAUGUUAACUUUCAGAUGGAUUUUGGUACAAACAUUUAAAUCCCCAUCCUGAUGUGGUCCUCUAACUUUGCAUUUAAUCACCAUCAUCCAGUCAAAAUCUUUAUGUCUCCAAUACUGUAGUUUGUGGUGUAUUUGGUGUAUUUAAAACAAAAAAAAAUCUGCUAAACAAAUGCGAUUCCCAUCAGCUGGCCCUCUUGUUUAGUACUAAUUAAUGUCAGCAUGUUUGUCAGCAUCAUCAUUGUGAGCAUGUUGGCAUGGUAACAGUAGCAUCUAGUUAGUGCUGGAGUACAGUCUCACAGCUGUAGACUCUUUAGUCUGGUUUCAGUACACGGGAGAUGCUUUUGUAGACGUUACAUCACUUGCUGUCCAAAUUACAAGUGCCUGAUGAAGAAAAAUGCCCAAAAUUCAGUAUUAAAUACAUCCAUUCAUUAUGUCUGCAAGAAAAAUGAUGCUUGUAAACUUGUUGCCCAAAAAAGAUCAGUCAAAUUUCAGUCACACUUGUUUUGUUAAAGAGCUUGUGGAACACACAAAGCCUCCCUGUCUUUGAACCAAGAUAAACUUUCAUGAAAACAAAGAGUGAGACCAGUUCUGUGUCCAAGAACAGUCAAUGACCUCCUAAAGUUCUGCCUAUUUUCCUAAGAUGGAUAGAUCGAUUGAUUGAUAGAUAGAUAGAUGUUAUCAUAGAGCAAUAAGGAAAAGAUUUAGCGCUAACGUUAGAUUCACUAAAACAAAUGAUUCUUUCACUCUGCACUCCAUCAGCUGCAUACUGUAAUGAUGCUCAUGAUGUUUCAUCUUACUUCAGAAAUCAUUUUGAUGUCCUAGUUUGGAGUUGAAGAAUCAAUUUCAAAUAAUGCAUAGUUUGUUUUUAUUGACUAUUGGUAUUUAUGGAUCUGCAAAGCUUCUCAGUCAGAGUGAGAUUCUCUCCCCUUUGAAAGAGAUUUCUGUCAGCCUGAACCAAAGCUGCUCCGUCAUGUGUUUUCUUCUUAAACAGGCCCGAAAAACAUGUGAAAUUUAGAUUGUGAGGGUUUGUUAAUUGACUUUAUAGUUGUUUCCAACAUUGCUGUCAGAAGGUCACCAGACAAAAUGAGACAUGCAUGAAAUCAGAGGGUUGAGUUGUGCAAUUUAAAGAUUCAGCUAUACUUUAAUAAGAGGUGUCAUUAUCAUUGAUUACAGUAAAUGAUCAUCAUUAAAGUGCUUGAAGAAUUUUUAAUUUCAGAGACGUGUUUUGCGUCUCACUCCAGCAAUAUGAUUUUUUUUUUUUUUUUUUUUAAUGUUCCUUUUUUUGUGAAAUGUCUCGGCAUCUGAAUCAACAUUGUAUCUCUGCUUAUUUGUUUUGUUGGGACAAACGCACACUGAUUGAAUCUUUUGUAAAAAUGCCAGUUGUAGCCUGUGAGCUUAAUUUUGUCAGCUGUUGUCCUGGGUAAACUUGGGGAUAUUCUAGUAAUAUGGCAUUUAUUUUAGCAUACUAUGUUUGCCUUUGAUUCAAAACACUGUCAGAGAAUUUAGAGUCUCUGGGGUCGGUACGCACUGGGCUUCCCAGAGACAAACCAGUGUCAGUACAAAAACACCUUUUUGUUGUAAUUGAAACAGCCCUGUGAUUACUUCCUGUUUCUAAUGUCCCUUUUUGUUAGAACUGCUGCUGUAUUUGUUUCUGUGUUGACUGUUGGACCCUUUGAAGGCUUGACUCUGUGAUGUUAAAUUGAGACUUGGAGCGUUAGAGUUGUUCCGUACCAGCUCACCGAGGCCCUCCCACUUCAUGUCAUGGAUUAACUUGGAAAAAAGUGUAAUAACUUCUAUUUUUAUAUAUGCGAAGUCCUAUAGCAGUACUCUUGAUACAUAUAGAUUUGUGAAGUUUUGCCCUCGGAGUUGCAUUUAAUUUUUGUGAUUCUUUGCAUGUGUAUUCUCAGCCUCACAAGCUGCUUUUUUUUUUUCUCCGGAUUGGGUUGAAAUUUGUCUCAGCAUCCAAAGACCCAAAGGAUAUUUUACAGUAAUCAAAUCAGUAACAGUAAUUCACUUUUUAACCAAACAAAACGUCUUUCAUUUUAUUUUCAAAUCUUGCUUUCAUUUUCUUGCAACCAAAUAUAAAUUUUGUGUAAAAUUGAAAGUACAGAGUAGGAGAGGAUUUUGCAAUGUCCCUCGAGUAAAAUUUAAGUUUUUUACAUGAACCCUUUUGAGAAAAUCCAAGACAUGAAACUGGGAAAAGUCUGCAAGCAGAAAAUAUAAUUUUGUGCACUACAAUACCACAAACAGCUGCUUCAAAAAUGACAGAGGUUGAAUCAUAAUAUCUGAAAAGGUGCCGGCAUUCAUUUUUGUUUUCUGUAUUAACAUUGAAUUAAAUCACUGUGUAAUGUCAAAGUGUUGCUCACGACGCUGAAACAGCAGAGGAUGAACACCCAUCUCUGCAACUCGAUGACUGUUUGGUUUUACCGCUGCACGUAUCUCUCAUCAACUCCUGGAAGCUCCUGUGAUAAGAACCUCAUGUACUUAAAGAGUAACUCCAACAAUUUGACACAUUAAAGUGUGUUUACAGAACUUUGGGGGUUCUACUACAUUUGUGAAAAAAGUAUUAUAAGGCCAUUUGUUACUCCAGAAGAAGCUGCAAGUGAUCUUAUAAAUGGAGUGAUGUCAUUCAGUAGCUACGUUGCAUUAUGGGUAAUGUAGGCACCAGCGUUUGAAAAGGAAGAAGAAUGUCUGGCGAUGAAAAAGGUGAUAUCCUCGGGUCUGCUGUAUUGGUUUGGGCAAAUUCUUUUUGAACUUGUGAACUGAAAUGAGUCAGCUGUGUUAGACCAGUGGAUGGCUUCCCCAAUCUUUGUGCCUAAAUUACCCACAAUGCAGCUUCUGAUUGACAUCACUUUAGACAAUUAAUCAGAUCACAUGCAGCUUCCCCUGGAGCCACAGAUGGCUUCAUACUACUGUCUCGACAUAUGCAGUAGUACUCCACAAGACCUCUCAACACACUUUGAUGUGUGUAAAAUUGGUGGAUUUACCCUUUAACCUCCCAACAUCUAACAGGCAGAUAGAUGCAAUGAUUCACUCAGUGGUUAGAAAACAAAUUGAGUCAUUCAACAACUGAAGCACCAAACAGCAUAAAGAACACUAGAUUUAAUUUAUCAGGAUUCCAGAAAUGUACACAUAUUUUUUAUGUUACCUACAUUCUGCUGGUAUAAUGAAGAUGAAUUAUUAAACACUAAACACCCUCAGUCAGUCGAGGGGGCAUACACACACAUCUUCAACGACAGGUGGGUCUUUGUUAGCUCAGAAAGCUCAUGUUAACACUGUUGCGUCAUGUAAAAAAAUACUUAAAUCAUCAAACGCUUUAAGAGACGAGCCAUUUCAAAUCAAAAUGAGCUCAUACACAUAUUUUGAUAUAAAUAUCCCUUAAAUGAACUCCUCUGCAUAUCAGGUUGGUGCAACAAAUCAAGUGAAAUGUGACAUAUUGUGCAUGAGAGAUGAUGU